CUCAAGAAUUAACGUUUAUCCCUUUUAGACUCAUUCUUUAAAAUAUAAAGAGUGGGUAUGGCCCAAACUUGCAACUAAUGUUUCAUUACUUGUCGUCUACCGCAAUUCCUCCUGCAAAAUGGCUUCUACAAGUGGAAAGCUCCUCAACCCACCCCAGCGUUACUGGUCGCCCCGAUCCAGCUAUACCUUAUCUGUCUGUGUUGCACGGAUCAACCAUGCUUUGCCCCUCUGCUCCUCUGACCACUCAGCUGUGCUUCUCCACCUUACCUCCUCUCUCGCACGAUUUUACCCCAAAAUCCACAUUAGCACGCCACCGCUUCAAUCAUCUCCCGUCUCCUCACCACUUCGGAUUGCUUCUCAAUAUUGCGAACUCACCAAUCCUACUCAAACACUUCAUCGCCCAUGCUUCUGGAUCGCCCAAGAAGGAGGAAUGAAGGAGGAGAACGAAAAUCCACCCAACUCUCUCUCUCUCUCUCUCUCUCUCUCUCUCGGUGUCUCGAAGGAGGAGGUGAAAAAGAAGGUUGCCCUAAUAAGAGAAGUGGUGAAGCUGCCAAUGAUACACCAGAUUUCCAAGGCCAUUGGAGUUAAAACACCGAGGGGAUUGCUCUACAGUUUGUCGGGUAGAAGAAAUGGUGGUGCAGGUCGAAUCCAAAAGUGGAGCAGGGAAGAAAAGAAUGUCGUCCAUAAGUCUGCACCUCUUGAUGGCUGAAAUUGUGAUGUAGGUCGAUUCCAAUAGCGACAGAUUGAUCCACCCCACUGAAGUCAAGAUCCUCUGCCGCAACAUGGUCGUUGGAGGAGAGGCGAACGGAAGAGCAUCGCCAUCGGAUAUGGAGGUAGAGGAUAUCAAUAACUGUGGAGGAGUAAACUAAAAGACGUGUUCGAUGUUCUCACAUUUCUGUUUUUCACCCUACCGCUGCGGAACCAACUUUUAUGAUAGAGAUGUAGCUUCGUUCUUUAUCAUCGCUAAUGUGAGUAUGAUGAUUGAUGAACUCUUACUUUCCUCUAUCUGCAUCCUUUCUUUUUAAUUAGGAGUUUCAUGAUUUCCUUUGGGUCUGGGACAAGAGGCGCAUAAGCAAUUUUUUGUGUUCGUUUUGAUCUUCUGGUGUUGUCCACGACAAGGGGUAUGAAAAGAAGUUCGGGACUAUUUCGGGUUUGGUUGGCAGUUGUGACGGAUACAAAGGCUCGAUCAGGAGCUAAGCUUCAAAUGGAGUAGUAAUAGCAGGUUCACACAUGGCUAUCUUUGUCUCUGUCUUUCCAGUUUUACUGUGGCCAAAAAAAAUUGUCAGUUUUAUUUCUCCAGAUCUCUCUCAUUCUUAUUGUUAUUUUCCUUGAAUAUCUUCUGGCAGCUUGGGAGCAGCGGCAUCGGCGACAAAAGCCACCACGGAGGACAAGGCCUUCCUCGCUGCAUUUACAACUGGGUCCCUCUGUAUAUCUUCCCAAUUAUAUCUCUGCUGCUCUUUAUUUGUUUUGUUUACAUGGACGUUCAUGGUUACUCAUAACUGUUUCCCCUUAUUUAGUUAUAAUUUUGUAAUUAGUGACAAUAGAUGAAUCAAGUCUUGGAUUAGUCUCUUAAUUUCCAUAGAUUAUUUCCAGGUUAGGUAAGCUUCCAGGUUGGGUGGUGUUCGUAUGCUCCAUUAUUAUCCCAUAGAACAGGUCUUUUAGACAAGCGAGCCCAUUUCUCUCUUCUUUCUGAAGUCUGCAACAUACAGAAGUGUUUGUUAUACCUAAUCAUAUCUACUAUUACAAGGUUUUCUUAUAAAUGUACAAUAGAAGUUAUGAGACUUGGCCUUUCAUGAUUUAGUUUGUUUCCCAAGUCAUGGCUCCUGCUAUUUCUGAAAACGCAGGGUCCAAUGAAAUUAAAUGAAUUUGUGUAUCAAGAGCAUCACAAAUUCAUGGUCUGCAUUGCUGCAGGUUUGUACUCUGUUUGACCAACAAUGAUGGAGGUUGUUUGUCGAUCCCCCUAUGCAUCUACGGAGACCUGCAAGAGCAGCUAAUUGUGCACUGCAACUUGACAGUGUGAACUUAUAAUUCAGUUUUAUGCACUUCAACUUCGCAAUUAGAACUUCACAAUCUGAUUCAGUUCGUUUCACACUUGCAGAGCAAUUAAAACUGACGUCGGAGUGCCUGAAAUGGGUUUCUCCCAAGCAGCUCAAAAGAGGUCAUAGUGCUACUUUUCAAGAAGAAGAUGCGCAAGUUCCUUCACGUCCAUGGCAAACUGUUGUCCUGUUCCCACAGGUUGAAGCUGAGACCGGAUGUGGUCAGAUGAAGCAGAACAUGUAUGAGAACAAUCGAAUUGCUUACAAGGUGAAAGAGAAAGCAUAUCAAAUGCAGUUGGCCUAUAUGGUGGACAAGUCCAGGCUGAAUACCACCCUCGACGAGAGUGAUGGUGUGAAUUUAACUGAAAGGCAAGUUUUUCCGAAGCCGAGGGACUUUGAGUGGCAAUUGCUCAUGUACACUGAUGUUAAUGCACCAUUAGGAGAGACUGACGUUGACUGAAACGGCAUGGAUAAGGCUAAAUGUGCAAAUGAAGUCAACGGGGACGAGAUCGAUGGGGCAAUUUUCCAAGACAUGUUGCUAAUUCUAGGUCGCUGAUCUUGGCCUUCUUCCCCUCUUACAGUUAACGACGUGUUUUUCCCACAGAACAGAAGUAUG